UGAUUUUGCAUUUCCGGGCGGGAGAGAACUAUAAAAAAAACAAUACAGUUCUCUCCCCUGUCAGCUCCUGCACACUGCUAUGCAUGGCUUUGCAUAGCAGAGACAUGCAAAGCAGUGUGCUUACAGUGAAGCGCACCCACACAGCUUACAGUAAAACCACACACAGUUAACCCUUUGAUCUCCCUAGAUGUUUACCCCUUCCUGCCCAGUGUCAUUAGUACAGCAUCAGUGCUUUUUAUUAGCACUGAUCACUGUAUUGGUGUCACUGAGGAUGUCAGUGACACCAAGUCAGUUCCCCCCCAGUGUCAGAAUGCCUGCCGCAGUCCCACUCUAA